UUUCCAACUUCCACGCUUACCGGAUAUUCAUUCAUCCUCGUACUUUCCGAAUCCUCAGAAACUCCGAAAAUGAGUAGAUUCCUUCCACUCUUCGUGCUUGCUCUGUUCUUCGCAUCUUCAGUUUUGAUUAAUGCAGACAAUGCUCCUGCUCCUUCACCCACAUCAACAGCUUCGCAGCCGCCGGCGAACCCACCUUCUUCGGCAACUCCUCCGGCACAUUCUCCGGCGGCGUCCCCUGCAAAGUCUCCGACUUUAUCUCCGCCUUCACAAACUCCGGCAAUUUCUCCAUCUAGGUCUGCCCCAACGCCGGCGUCCGCCCCUCCGGCGAAGUCUCCGGCUGUUCAGCCGCCGACUUCAGUUUCACCGGCUUCCAGCCCAUCAAAUAAUGUGUCUACGCCACCGGUUCCAUCCCCAGCGAGUCCUCCGCCUACGGCUAAGACCCCAGUGGUAUCGCCGACGGUGGCUCCGGUGAGUAGUCCGGUCGGGGCUCCGAUGGUAGCAGAGGGUCCGUCAACUUCUCCUACACCAGAGGCUCCUGCAGGCAUUCCUUCAAGUUCAGCCACUCCGGCAGAUUCACCGGUGACGCUUCCGUCGACCAGUACUCCUCCGGGAACUGCACCGGCGAGUUCUUCGCCGGAGUCUUCACCGCCUGUUGGAGAUGAUUCGGGUUCAAGAUCAAAUUUCGGGGCUUCAGUUAUUUUGUGUGGCAUCGCUCUUGGGGUCGCUUUGUCUAUCUGA